CACCAAUGAAAUAUCUACACGAAGAAUUUAGUACUUAAAAUGCCAGUGUCAAAAUUUCUGUCGGCAGUUUUGUUCAGAAAGUGGUAACGUAACGGAGUAUUAUUUUAGUCUAGUGCACAAAUUAAUACUAAACUAGAGUGUUUUUCUACAUUAUUGAAUAAAAGCGGACAUUGAAAGAAAUAUAUAAGGUUCUUAAAAACGGCAAAAUCAUGAGGCUGUACUUAGCUCUAAGUACGUUACUAAUCGUGGCCUCUGUCUUGGCCAAAGAAGACAAAAAGGAAAAAGAAGAUGUUGGCACAGUUAUAGGAAUUGAUUUGGGAACAACAUAUUCAUGUGUCGGGGUUUACAAAAAUGGUAGGGUAGAAAUUAUAGCAAACGACCAAGGUAACAGAAUUACGCCGUCGUAUGUUGCUUUCACCUCUGAUGGUGAGCGUUUAAUCGGAGACGCUGCCAAAAACCAGCUUACAACCAACCCUGAAAACACAGUAUUUGACGCGAAACGUCUGAUUGGUCGAGAAUGGUCUGAUCCAACAGUACAAAACGAUAUCAAAUUUUUCCCGUUCAAAGUAAUAGAGAAGAACUCAAAACCCCAUGUGAAAGUAGUUACGAGCCAGGGUGAAAAGAUCUUUGCCCCUGAAGAAAUUUCUGCCAUGGUCUUGGGCAAAAUGAAAGAGACUGCUGAAGCUUACCUUGGUAAAAAAGUCACCCAUGCUGUUGUAACAGUACCAGCAUAUUUCAAUGAUGCUCAGAGACAGGCCACCAAAGACGCCGGUGUUAUUGCUGGACUUAAUGUUAUGAGAAUUAUCAAUGAACCUACAGCUGCUGCCAUUGCAUAUGGUAUGGAUAAGAAAGAAGGGGAAAAGAAUGUGUUAGUCUUUGAUUUGGGUGGUGGAACCUUUGAUGUUUCCCUCCUUACCAUUGAUAAUGGAGUCUUUGAGGUGGUGGCUACAAAUGGUGACACUCAUUUGGGUGGUGAAGACUUCGAUCAGCGUGUUAUGGACCACUUUAUCAAGCUGUACAAAAAGAAGAAGGGCAAAGACAUUCGCAAAGACAACCGUGCCGUUCAAAAGUUGCGUCGUGAAGUCGAAAAGGCCAAACGUGCACUCUCUUCCAGCCACCAGGUCAGGAUUGAAAUUGAAUCGUUCUUUGAAGGUGAUGACUUCUCUGAAACUUUGACCAGAGCCAAAUUUGAAGAAUUGAACAUGGACCUUUUCCGUUCUACCAUGAAGCCAGUUCAAAAAGUCCUUGAUGACGCUGACAUGAAUAAAAAAGACGUCGAUGAAAUUGUGCUAGUCGGUGGUUCAACCCGUAUUCCGAAGGUGCAACAGCUUGUAAAAGAAUUUUUCAAUGGUAAAGAACCAUCUCGUGGUAUUAAUCCUGACGAAGCUGUCGCUUAUGGAGCAGCUGUUCAAGCUGGAGUUCUUUCUGGAGAACAAGACACUGACGCUAUCGUUUUGCUCGACGUCAACCCUCUUACUAUGGGUAUUGAAACUGUUGGAGGUGUUAUGACAAAGUUGAUUCCAAGAAACACCGUCAUUCCAACAAAGAAGUCUCAGAUCUUUUCUACAGCCUCCGACAAUCAACACACUGUAACCAUUCAGGUCUACGAAGGUGAACGUCCCAUGACCAAAGACAACCAUUUGUUGGGCAAAUUCGAUUUAACUGGAAUCCCACCAGCACCUAGAGGAGUCCCUCAGAUCGAAGUUACCUUCGAAAUUGACGCAAACGGUAUCCUUCAAGUGUCGGCAGAAGACAAAGGAACGGGAAACAAGGAGAAAAUUGUCAUUACCAAUGACCAGAACCGUUUGACUCCUGAUGACAUUGACAGGAUGAUAAGGGAUGCCGAGAAAUUCGCCGAUGAAGAUAAGAAACUGAAAGAACGCGUGGAGGCUAGGAACGAAUUAGAAAGUUACGCUUAUUCUCUGAAAAAUCAAAUGGGUGACAAGGAAAAGUUGGGCGGUAAGUUGUCUGACGAAGAAAAGACGAAAAUGGAAGAAGCGAUUGACGAGAAGAUCAAAUGGUUGGAAGAAAAUCAAGACACAGAUUCAGAGGAUUACAAGAAACAAAAGAAAGAAUUAGAGGAUGUUGUACAACCUAUUAUCGCGAAAUUGUACCAAGGAGCGGGUGGAGCUCCACCACCAGCGGGAGGUGCCGACGAAGAUUUUAAAGAUGAGCUUUAAAGACUGAUCAAACUUUAGGAUUCACAAUUAAUUAAUUGUCUUGUGAAUGAUCGACGAGUGGUUGUGUUGUGUGUAAUGAAAAAGAACGAACGCGUGUGCAUUGAUUUGGUAUAGAUUAUAAUUAUAUAAUUUGAUUUUUAUUUCCUAAUUUAUUGUCAUCAUACCAUAUUUCUUCCUCUUCCAACAAACAAAACAGAUAGAAUAGAAGAAUGAAUAUCUAUCCGUGGGUGGUAAUUUUGUUAAUUUAAUUUUAAUUAGAUAAAUAUUUUUGUCAAGUAUUAGCGUACAAGUAUCGGUUCAUAAUGAAUCAAUUGUUCUAAAAUACACAAUAAUAGAAAUUAGAAGAAAUUAAAUACAUAAUUGUUGCGAAUGUUGUAAGCUGGUAUUUGACUCCCAUCAUUUUUCAAUAAAACCCCGAAGUAAAAA